AUUUGACACCUAACCUCAAUGUCUAAACGAUGGCUCGAAUAACGAAACUCGUCAAAGGUGUUCAAAACCAUUGGAAAAAGUCUUUAUUUGGUGUGGCUGCAAUCACAUAUGGCAUCAAUUAUGCCAACGAAAAAUACAAAAUAAAUCAGCUCAUGCGGAAUUAUUGUGCCGAAGCAUCGAUUUAUGGGGAUAGAACACAACCAGCCAAUCAGCCAUUUCCAAAGGUUAUAGUGAUUUUGAAUCCAGUUGCCGAUCGAAAAUCAGCUGCAGACACGUUUGAGCAAUAUUGUGCGCCAAUUUUGAAUUUGGGUGGAUUGAGUAUUGAUAUCGUGAAAACGGAUUCCGAGGGACAUGCCAGACGAUAUGUUGAAGAGUUAGAGACCUUACCACAGGCCAUUUUAUGUGCCGGUGGCGAUGGAACGCUGUCGGAGAUUGUAACAGGUCUAUUCCGACGACCACCUCACUUGAACGAAUCCCACCCUGUGAUUGGUGUUUUGCCCGUUGGCCGGCAGAGUACAUUCGGUGAAAAGUUGUUCAAUUUCACAAAUUCAUCGGAAUUGCAGCGAGUUCAAGGCUUGGCUGAUGCAUCAUUGGCCAUUGUUCUGGGGAAUGUUGUGCCAAAAGACGUGAUGAAAAUCGAACUCAUCGAUGCUGAAUCAAAUGUGAAAGCAAAACCCGUCUAUGCGUUGAGUUCAUUCGAAUGGAGUGCAUUUACCGAUGCAUUCAAUCGACGUGAUCGAUAUUGGUACGUUGGCGGGCUACGUGAUUAUGUGACAUUCAUCUUCAAUGCAUUCGAUGAUUCCAUUACGUGGAAUUGUGCGGCCAAAAUAACAUAUACUGAACCGUGUGCGGGUUGCAGUAAUUGCUAUGUCACACAAAAGAAAUCAGAAGCAAAAUCGGCAAACCGUCGUUGGUGGUCCGGUUUUAUUCCAUCGUUUCGUCUUGGCUCAUCACAAUCGAACGCGGUCAAAUCAACAGACUACUCAAAAGUUCAGAACGCAAACUGUGCCAACGUCACGAGCAUUGAAUGCGAUAGUGCCGGUAUCAUUGUGAGCACAGAAAAUAUCAAGUCAAAGCCUGAUGAACAGAUUCCACAUUUAUCGCUGAAAUUAAUCAAAGGUCAAAGUGGUUUUGGUUUCAUUGGCGACGGCUGGGAUCGAUUGAAUAAAAAGAAAAUUAAUAUCGACCAAAACAUUGCCAUUCGAAGCGUUGAAAUCCACCCGAAAAUCAGCAUAAAGGAAGAAAAUCUGAAAUUGGAAUCGAAGAACUCGGAAAAUGAACAAUCAAACUCAGAAUCGACACCAAAUCAACAACAGCAGGAUGAAUCGAAUGCAGAAGAGAAAAAGCCCAAGUCAGAAGCGGAUAAAUCAAAAGCCGAAGAAGAACAAGAGAAAUUCUUCUACAUUGAUCAUGAGUCUUAUGAGGUCAAACCCAUUCGAAUAACACUUUUACCAAAACUCGUGAAUUUCUAUUCAACGUAGACUUUAUGAAUAAGAGUAAUUAAAUGCUUCUGUAAAUGUAA